UGACGUGCCGAAUGUGAAAUAAGGACGAACACGAAUACUUGAUCGUUUUCGGCUCUUUUAUUACAGUGAAUUGAUUACGUUUCACAUGAUAGAAAUUACUAAAUAUACCGAAACUGAACACUAUAUUAUAGGAAUUGUGACUUAAUAUCGAUUCGUAGAUAACAUGGGAAAAGCUAAAAAGGGUAAGAAAAAUCCCAGUGCGGAUGAUGGCGAUAGUGAUGUAGAAACAACAAACAUUGACAGCGUGAAGCCGGCCCAAAAGGGUAAAAAAAUUCCUGUAGAAUCAGAUGAGAGUGAAAGUGAGAAACCAAAAGCAAAAGCGAAACAUAAGAAAUCCAUAGAUGAGGAUGUUAAGGAAGUCACAAAGAAUAUUAAGAAUGUGUCAAUUUCAAAUAAGUCUCAAAAGAAGAAAGAUAUUAGUAGUGAAGAUGAGUCUGAUGAAGAACCAGAGCAAAAGACAAAAAAAAACAAGAAAAAGGAUGAAAAGAGAAGUACUUUUGCUCUUCUAGAAAUAGAAGAUGCAGAUGUUUCCCCACCUGAGGCACCACCUUCCUCAGAUGAUGAAGAAACAGUUAAAAAACCAAAACAAAAAUCUUCCCAAGAAAAAAAGGAACCUGCUGGUAAAAAGGGUAAAAAAUCAAAAAGAAAGAAGGAUGAUAGUGAUGACGAUAUAGAAAAAGUACUGGCUGAACUGGAAAUGGAAUAUGCUGGUGUUAAAAAAGAACCUAGUGUUGUUCCUGAUGCUGAUAAACCAGUAGAGGCAACUGAAGAAAAGUCAAAAUCCAAAAAGAAAGGUAAAAAAGACGAGCCGAAGACAGAACCAGAAAAAGAUGCUGAAGAGGACCAUGCUAGUGAUAAUGAAAAUGAUGUAACUAUCAAAACAGCAGCUCAAAAGAAAAAAGAAAAAAAAGAGAGGGAAAAAUUGAAAAAGCAGGAAGCUAAAAAGAAAGAGAAAGAACAAGAAAAUAAACAAGAAUUAACUGAGAAGAAACAAGCACCAAAAACAACUGAAAAAAUAGAGGAUGAAACUUCUAAGGCAGAUAUUAGUCAAAUUAAAGUAGAUUCGGAGGAAAAAGAUGGAGAAGGCGAUACACCAGUCACAACGGAGGGAAGUAAAAAGAAGAAAAAGGGUGAUAAGGGAGAAAAAGAAGAUAAGACCAAAAAAGGAGGUCCAACUAAGAAAACUAUUGCUGCUAUGCAAGAGGCUCUGAAAAAAGUCAAAGAAGAGGAAGAGCGUUUACAAAAAGAAGAAGAAGAACGGAUUAAACAAGAAGAGGAACGUGAACGUCAGCGAUUAGAAGCUAUUAGGUUAGAAAAAGAAAAGAAAGAUCGAAAAAAACAAAAAGAGAAGGAGAGAAAAGAAAGACUUAAAGCUGAAGGCAAAUUACUCACUCCAAAACAAAAGGCUGAAAAGGCUAGAGCUCAAGCAUUGUUAGAGUCUCUGAAAGCACAGGGUGUUGAAAUUGGAUCUGCAGAGAAGAAACCUCCAAGGCCAGGUACAAGAAUAAAGCCACAAAGACUUAAAAGUCAGUUGUCACAAGAUGCCCCAACAACUCCUAUUGAGGAUAAGAAAAUGCAAGUAGAACUAGAGGAUAAGAAGGAAGAAUCACCAAAAUUAGAGGAAAAGAAAAAGGAAUCUGAAGAUGAAUCUGUGAAAGAUGCAUGGGAUGCUGAAUCUUCAGAAGAAGAAGCUGAACCAUCAAAGCCUGAACCAGUGCCAUCACCAACAAAGGAAGAAAAGAAAUCUGAGCAAGAUAAGGCUAAAGAGAAUGAAGAUGAUGAAAGUUCUGAAGAUGACGAUGAAGAAACCUCUGAUGAGGAUUCUAGUUCCGACGAGGAUUCUGAUGACGAUCAAAUGACUGAUGUACAGAAAAAGAGGGAGCUUAUUCUGAAGAGACUGGAGAAACGUCGCGAAGAGAAUGAAGCCAAUAAGGGCAACAAUCCCCUCCGCGCAGCGGUGGUAUGCGUGCUUGGUCAUGUCGAUACUGGUAAGACCAAGAUUCUGGACAAGUUGCGUCGUACCAACGUACAAGACGGGGAGGCAGGUGGUAUCACACAGCAAAUUGGUGCUACUAAUGUACCAAUUGAGAACAUCAAGGAACAAACUAAACAUGUUAAAGGGGUCAGCGAGAUACUAUUCAAACUACCUGGUCUGCUUAUUAUCGAUACUCCUGGCCACGAGUCCUUUAGCAAUUUGCGUAAUAGAGGUUCUUCUCUUUGCGAUAUUGCCAUUCUUGUAGUAGAUAUUAUGCACGGGCUGGAGCCCCAAACAAUUGAGUCGAUUAAUAUGCUGAAACAAAAGAAGACACCGUUCAUCGUGGCGUUAAAUAAGAUCGACCGUCUGUACGACUGGCAGAGCGCGCAAAGGAAGGACGUUAGGGAUAUACUGAAGAUGCAACAGGCUAACACUCAGCUGGAGUUUGAUAAGCGGAGCAAGGAUGUUAUCCUCCAGUUUGCAGAACAGGGUCUGAACGCAGCAUUAUUCUACGAGAACCCAGACCCGCGUACGUAUGUGUCGCUGGUGCCGACAUCCGCUGUGACAGGCGAGGGUAUGGGCAACCUGCUGGCGAUGAUCGUGCAGGCCUGUGAGGGACCACUGCACAAGCGGCUCGUCUUCUCGCAACAACUUCUCGCUACCGUACUCGAGGUGAAAGCCAUCCCAGGUCUAGGUACUACAAUUGAUACAAUCCUGAUCAACGGCACGCUCCGUGAGGGUGACACCAUGGUGCUGGCGGGCACUGAAGGUCCCAUUGUUACACAAAUCAGAUCCUUGCUCAUGCCGCAGCCCAUGAAGGAGCUCAGGGUUAAGAACGCAUACAUUGAGCACAAAGAAGUAAUUGGUGCACAGGGUGUUAAAAUCGCCGCGAAGGAGUUAGAAAAAUCUAUUGCCGGUCUCAAUCUACUUGUGGCACAGAAGCCGGAUGAAGUUGAUGUAUUGAAGGAGGAAGUGGCGCGCGAGCUGAAGACUGCGCUGUCGUCCAUUAAACUGUCGGAGCGCGGAGUAUACGUACAGGCCUCCACGCUAGGUUCGCUCGAAGCGCUCUUGGAGUUCCUUAGGACUAGUAAAAUUCCUUACUCCGCCAUCAGGAUAGGACCGGUUGUAAAGCGAGACGUAAUGAAAGCGUCCGCCAUGUUGGAACAUGAUUCUCAGUACGCUACCAUUCUAGCUUUCGAUGUUAAGAUCGAACGCGAUGCUCAAGAGAUGGCGGACCAGCUCGGCGUGAAGAUAUUCGCGGCGGACAUAAUUUACCAUUUGUUCGACAAGUUCACCGCAUACCGCGAGGAACUGAAACAGAAAAAACGUGAAGAAUUCAAACACAUUGCUGUCUUCCCGUGCAAACUGAAGGUGCUACCUCAAUUCGUCUUCAACUCUCGUGAUCCCAUCGUCGCUGGUGUUAUGGUGGAAGCUGGAAUUGUGAAAGAAGGCACGCCCAUCUGUGUACCUAGUAAAGAGUUUGUGGAGCUGGGUAUAGUGACAUCAAUUGAAGUGAACCACAAACAAGUGGAGUCGGCACGCAAGGGACAAGAGGUCUGCAUCAAAAUAGACCCGAUACCCGGCGAGUCGCCGAAGAUGUUCGGCAGACAUUUCGACGAGACUGAUAUGCUAAUCAGCAAGAUAUCGCGUGCAAGUAUCGACGCCUGCAAGGACUACUUCCGCGACGACCUCAUCAAGACGGAUUGGCAACUCAUGGUGGAACUGAAGAAACUCUUCCAGAUCCUCUAAACAUAGCCUAGUGUUGAGUAGCCCGAAACGUUCUAGAACGUUCGCAGAAAUAAGGAUGGGUCGGCUCCUUUAAAAUAACGACUGUGUUACCCACAAAAUUAUUUGUUUAUGUCCAACAAAACCUCUCUACUAGUUUCUAUUCUGUUUAAAAUGAUGAAAUAUACCUAGUUGUUCUAGCUUUUGUCUAUUCCAUCUAACCUCAAAUUAUACGGCGUCAUCACAGAGGUUACUUCUUUUACAAUGUCCUAACUUGUUUUCCUAACGUUGUCGUGAAAUAUUAAAAAAAUGUACCGCCAUGUGUUGUAAAAUCUCGAAAUAUUAGCUAGAAAAUGUAAUGAGAGUCACAUUGUACAUAUAGUAUUAUACACAUUUUAUUUAUUUAUUGUCGUUGUCAACCUUAAGUAUCUUGAUGUUUGGACCCGAUGUAUGUUUUAGUGCGGAAACGAAUAUCUCAAAAUUAUGGUUCCAUUAUUUUAUACAAAACUGUCAUCUGUACAUAUUCAUUAUGAAUUUAUCUACAAAAAUGUAAUGCAUGCCAAUAAAAUAAUGUACCUUGAAGACUGUUACCCCACAUGGGGGUAGUCGGAAAUUAUUAAUGAUUAUAGUGCAAUAAACGAUCUCGUUGGUAAUUAAAUGUGUCUUUUGUAGGGCAAUAUCUGUUUCUUCAGGGUGCUUUCUUUCAGAAUUUUAUAUGAUGUAUAUCGAAUUUUAUUAUUCCUUUCAGUAGUUUUAUAAUAUCUUUCAAACUUGAGAUGAAACGUUCAUAAGACCUAUAGAUACCGCAUGCGAGGCAACAGAUGCUAAUUACGCAUUGCAAUAUGCGUUAAACCAUUUUUAUUAAAAUUAUUUUCCAAGUAUAGUUAUACUCUUGUUGCUUCAUGAAGUAUUAUGUAGGAUAUCUUCUCAAUGUUAGGUGUUUAACUAAUACUAUUUUUGUAAAUGUUUGUUCAUGUAUUUUUUACCCAACACCUAUAAAGUUACUUCUAUUGGGACAUUAUUACAUUAUCCAAAUUAGUUAAAAAAUAUCUCAAUAAUGUGUUCCGUGGAUUUGCAAUCAUAAACAUCCCUAACAUUUGCAAGUAUUGUCCCUUUUGUACUAACACCUAAAUGCGGUAUUCUUGGGUGGAAAUCUGAUGGAAAUUGAAUGCACUGGUGUGAAUGUUGUGAAUAUGAGUUGUAGUAGGUCGUAUAUUGUACAAAAUUGCGGUUGAACAAGAUGAACGGGUAAGUAUUUCUUGUAAAGCAUAUGAUACAAGCUGGUCUUGAGUGUAGAACGCAGGACACGAGUCCAUUGUGAAGGUACAGAAGGUUGUAUUUUAUACGUAGGUAUUUUCCCUUUUUGAAAUGCUUUGUAUUAUAUAGAUGGAAUCGGACAUAUUCUUAUAUUGAAGAAAUUUUAUUAAACUACUUAAUAUAUUUUCGUCUUUUUUUGU